AUGGCUUUCCCUCCUUACCGACGAUCCCACUUGCGUAGCAACACUUACCAUGCCCUUGUUCACCUCUUCUCUCGCUUCGCUGAGUUCAACUCUUCACAUGAAACUCCAAUUCAAACCCUCAACAUUCCCGAUAAUGGCAGUGGUAGAAUGGAUCAAGUAAACAAAGAAAAGGAGCCUAGGUGCCCCAAAGUUGUUGAUUCUGAUAUUUUGGAUUCUAUAAGCCAGAAGGAUCCACAGGAGGUUCGAGAGACCAUUGAGGGGGCUGAAGACAAGGAUAUGAAUUUUACUUCCAACAAGAUGGUCCUAGAUGAUAUAGAACAUAUGAUGGGAAUAGAGGACAUUUCUACCCAAGCAAAUGGUUUUGGUAUGGAGCAGGAGCUAAUGAAUGAGUUUGAGCUAGUUAUGAAAGGAAAUGAAGAUCUAAUUUGUGAUAGUGGUUCAAUCCCCUUGAACAUGGGAUUUGAUGAGAAACAUAAUGAUGGUUGUGAAGUUGGGUUGAUAGAUUCUCUAGUAGACAUGGAAGAGGGAGAAAUUUCUCGAGAUUUGGGAAUGGAUGGCAAUUCAUUAGCUGUGUCUUCUGCGGAUGCUUUAAUUUUACAUCAGAUGGAAGCAGAUGAGGUUCAGAAGCCUGUAAAUGUAACUAGAAAUAUGAUGAUAUAUCCUUAUAUGAUUAAGGAUCAAGAAAAGGAAAAAGGACGUGAGUCUACUUCCUCUGUGGUAAGUUCACUUCAAGAUACUAAUGAUAGUGGACAAGUGGACCCUAGAACUGGUGGCAACAAGGGAAUUGCAUGCCGAGAUAAAGUAGCAAUUUCUGAAGAAACUGAUGAAUGUAAGAAGGAAGAUAAAACAAAGUUGGUAAAUACCAGUAAAAGGAACAAGCGUGGUGGAAAGAAAGAAAAAAAGAAGAUGGCGUGUAAAAUGAAGAAAGCAGUAAAGAACAGAGAACUGGGUGUUAAAAGAUUGCAGUUGCAGCCGUAUAUACAAAAACCAAAAGUUGUGUCACUUUGUCGCCAUUAUCUUGCGGGAAGGUGCCAUGAGGGUGACAAGUGUCAGUUUUCACAUGAUGCAGUGCCUCAAACAAAAUCCAAGCCAUGUAGUUAUUUUGCUCAUCACUCUUGCAUGAAAGGGGGUGAUUGCCCAUUUGAUCACCAGCUCUCAAAAUAUCCUUGUCACAAUUUUGUGUCCCAAGGUUCUUGUAGAAGAGGUGAAGCUUGCUUGUUUUCACACCAGGCACCAACCAGAGAAGAUAUUCCUACCCCCGCAAAUAUGUUCAGACCAGAGUUGUCCACUCUUAAGUCAGGAAAUGCAAAUUCCAGUACACCACUUAACAAUAAUCACGGCUCUGGUUCUGUCCAGCAAAACCACUUUACUCAUUCUUCAGGAAUUCAUUCUCGCAUCAAUGUUGAAAAUAAGGUGACAAACACUGCACAGAAACAGUCUAUACCACCUAAAGGAAUUAGUUUCAUCAAUCUUGCAAAAUUAACACCCAGCCCUUCUAUACCAAAGCAAGGUACAGUAACAAUCAAGGGAAGUCCUCUACAAACUGGGACCCUCAGAGAUCAAAGUUCAUUUGGUAAAGCUCAAAACAAGGUGGAGAUUCCUAAGAAAUUGUCAGCUGUGACACCCAAGGGAGUAAACUUUCUUUCUUUUGGCAAAGGCUCUGUAUGCGGCUUUAAAAGUCAUAUUCGCCCCAAUGUGAGUACGGAAAAUGGUUGCAAGUUGCCUCAGUUACUUAAUUUUGGUUUGCCUGUGCAGGCAAAUUCCUCUCUAAAUAAGGAUGAGUACAGCAAAGCUAUUGACAGAACAAAACAAAGUGUAUCACUGACUGAUAUAUUCUUAACUGAGAUUUUAGGGAAAAAUCAAUCCAUGUCAGAAGGAAUGAAAUCAAAGUUUCCAGAUAAAAUAUCAGAUACACUAAGUCCGUUUGUUUCAAACCAAUCUUCUGAACACGUAAAAUCUGGUUAUCAUAAGCAUGUAUCAAACUCUGGUCAAAAGGCACUCUUGUCUACAUUUGCAUUUGCAGCAGAGCAUGAAUCUGACAUUAACAUAAAAUACCCAACCGGUGAUUCAUCAGCAUGA